AUGCCACUUGCCCCAGUGUCGGUAGAUAUGACCAAGGGUCAUCCGGCUGCGCAAUUGAUUGACGCUGCAGAGGCAGACUUCCAAGGCACCCUUAACCGACAAUCCAAAUCUCUCGCUGAUGCGGUUCGAGAGUACCGGCGCAGGAACGGGAUAUCACCACCUCCGCACUUCGACAAAUGGUACGAGUUUGCGACGCGCAACGGUGUUGUGAUGAUAGACGAAUACGACACGAUCAAUGAGAUGCUGCUACCGUUCUGGGCGCUCAAACCAUCGACGAUUCGGUCUCGCAUUGCGAAUGCGUUAGGUCAUGAAGACAGCUCAAUGCUUGCAAUUGCGGUACGCCAUGGCGCCAUAGAGAACUUCCAAGGCGGCGAUGAAUGGCAACAACAGGCUACCAUUGGCAUGAUGAAGCAGUUUGUCCAGUAUCUGCCCGACAUGGAUCUGGGCUUCAACUUGCAUGACGAACCGCGAGUCGUCGUGCCCGACAAUCUGCUGUCGUCGAUGGUGGCAAAGGCGAGGGACGAAAUUCUACCGCGCACUGCAAAGAACACUGCACCUCGCAAUGCCUUCUCUGCUCGUCCAGAAGACUUGAGUGACGGUACACGAUUUGCGGAAGUUAGCACGACCAAGUUCAAUCGCUUUGCGCAUCAACAGACAUGGACGCAUUCGCGGCUAUCGUGUUCUCCCGGCACUCAGGCCCAAACCUUCGAAGACUACGCUGCCGACAACUUCACCGCGUAUGCCGCCAGCGACCUUGGCUUCAUCUACAACACAACCGCAUUCUCUGAUAUCUGCAACUCACCCUCAUUCUCAUCAACAUUCGGAUUUUUCGAGCGCCCCAACGCCUUCAGUAUCAUCCAUGAGCUGACACCCGUUUUCUCACAGUCGAAGAUCUCCAGCUUCCAGGACAUCCUAUACCCCAGUCCGUGGUACUGGAUGGGCAAGGUGGGCUACGACGAGACGCACGACACAACCUGGGAGAACAAGACCAAUAGUCUCUACUGGCGCGGCUCCACAACAGGAGGUUUCAGUCGCAACGGCGGCUGGCGACGUCAACACCGCCAGCACGUCGUCCAACGCCUGAACGCCCCCGACACCGCCAAAGUCCUCGAACCCGUCUCCAAUCCCACCUCAACCUACGCCGUAACCUCGAUCGAGCGCAAAGCCCUCAAAGACCUCAUCGACGUCCACUUCUCGCACAUCGGCCAAUGCGACCCCGGCGACUGUGACGCCCAAAACGAAUUCUUCGACGUAACCGAACGCGUCGAUGGCCAAGACGCAUGGUACUACAAGCACCUCCUCGACAUGGACGGCAACGCCUUCUCCGGCCGCUUCUACAGCUUUCUCAAGUCCCGCAGUCUCACGUACAAAAUGGCGUUAUUCCGCGAAUGGCACGCAGAGUGGCUCCGCCCUUGGGUCCACUAUAUCCCCCUCUCCCUCCGCGGUGACGAACAUCUCGAUCUUGUACGGUGGUUCAGCGGUACACAGGUCUUUGACGAUGAUGGCGAUGGCGUUAUUGAGAGAGUCAAGGCGGAUGGGACGAAGAAGGGAGGAAAUGGCGCGAGUGAGGGGGAGAAGAAGGCGAGGCUUAUUGCGAAGAGGAGUUCUGAGUGGCAUGAUAGGGUGUUGAGGAAUGUGGACUUUGAGGUUUGGUUCUUUAGGUUGCUGUUGGAGUAUGGGAGGGUGGUGGAUGAUAAGAGGGAGGAGAUUGGGUUUGCGGGGCCGUAG